AAAGUCCUAUAUUUUCAAUAUGUUGUUCAUUAUUUGUGUAUAAAUAAAGUUAUAAAAGUAUUUGAUCUAUAAAAUUAUGUUAACAUUAUAAUAUAACAUGUAUAUUAUAACAUGAUUUAUAAUUUAAAUCAAUUUCAUAUUUGCAAAUUGCAAUUUUUCUCUGAAGAUGCAUAUAUUUCUUAAAAAUUUAUAAUAUGGAUGCAUAUAAGUCAUUUUUAAUUGAUUUUUUAGCUGGUGGAAUAUCUGCAGCUGUAUCAAAAACUGCAGUUGCACCAUUAGAAAGAGUAAAGUUGUUACUCCAAGUUCAACAUACUUCAAAACAAAUAAGACCAGAAGAUCGGUAUAAAGGUAUAUUUUUUUCAAUACAAAUUAAAAUAAUAUUUUUAUAUCUUUUAAUUUUAUUAGGUAUGAUGGAUGCAUUUAUUCGCAUACCAAAAGAAACUGGUUUUCUUAGUUUUUGGAGAGGGAAUCUAGCUAAUGUAAUUCGAUAUUUCCCAACUCAAGCUUUAAAUUUUGCAUUUAAAGACAAAUUCAAAGCUUUAUUCUUAGAAGGUGUCCCAAAAGAUGCAUUUUGGAGACAGUUAGCAGGAAAUUUGGCUUCUGGUGGAGCUGCUGGAGCAACAUCUCUUUUAUUUGUAUAUCCGCUUGAUUUUGCUCGUACAAGAUUAGCUGCAGACAUUGGAAAAGCAGACAAAAGAGAAUUCAAAGGUCUGGGUGAUUGUAUAAUAAAAAUUUUCAAAUCAGAUGGUGUUUUUGGUUUAUAUCGAGGCUUUAAUGUGAGUGUUCAAGGAAUUGUUAUUUAUAGAGCGGCAUAUUUUGGUUUUUAUGACACUUCAAAAAACUUACUACCUGAUCCAAAAAAAACUCCUUUACAUAUUACCUUUUUAAUUGCACAAACAGUAACAACAUUAGCUGGAAUCAUAUCAUACCCUUUUGAUACAGUUAGAAGACGUAUGAUGAUGCAAUCUGGACUUAAAAGAGCAGAAGUCAUGUAUAAAAAUACAUUAGAUUGUUGGAUUAAAACAGCUAAGACAGAAGGUAUUGGAGCUUUUUUUAAAGGUUCACUUUCGAAUAUUCUUAGAGGAACUGGUGGAGCAUUAGUUUUAACAUUAUAUGAUUCAAUUAAAGAUAUACUUGAAAAAAGUUUACAUAAAGAAUCUGAUUCUGACUCUGUUCCCAAAGAUAAAUGAUAUUAAUUUCAAUAUUAAAAUUUUAAACAA